AUGGUGCAGGCCUGGUACAUGGAUGAGGCGGCCGACGACCCGCGGCGGCCGCACCGCGCCGAGCCCGCGCGCCCUGUUGGCCUGGAGCAGCUGCGCCGGCUCGGGGUCCUUUACUGGAAGCUGGAUGCAGACAAAUAUGAGAAUGAUCCAGAAUUAGAGAAGAUCCGAAAAGAGAGAAACUACUCCUGGAUGGACAUCAUCACUAUAUGCAAAGACCAACUACCGAAUUAUGAGGAAAAGAUCAAGAUGUUCUUUGAGGAACACUUACACCUGGACGAGGAGAUCCGCUACAUCUUGGACGGCAGUGGGUACUUUGACGUGCGGGACCAGGAGGACCGGUGGAUCCGGAUCUCCAUGGAGAAGGGGGACAUGAUCACCCUGCCUGCCGGCAUCUACCACCGCUUCACGCUGGAUGAGAAGAACUACGUGAAGGCCAUGCGGCUGUUCGUGGGAGACCCCGUAUGGACGCCGUACAACCGGCCUUCGGACCACCUCGAGGCCCGGACACAGUACCUGGAGUUCCUGGCGCGGACGGCCUAG